CACGCGGCUCUUCAAAAAAAUUUUCCUGGUGUUCAUCUUUUUCUUCUUUCCCUUUCAUUCCUGCCAAAUCCAACAUUUUCAGGUGUACUAAAGGGCAAAUCUCUUUGAGUUGAGCAAGUAUAAAGAGCUUCCAAGCUUAUAUAUGAAGUCUGGCUUUGGUUAAGUGUGCAAUGGAAGAGCUAGUCUUUGUCAUUUUAUUUCUCUUGUUGGGUCUAUGUUUGUCUCUACUUGUAGUCCCACGUCUGUUUGCAAAACGAGAACCCAAAAACUUGCCUCCAGGGACAAUGGGAUGGCCCGUCUUUGGAGAGACUCUUAGCUUCCUCAAGCCUCAUAGAUCAAGUUCCAUGGGUAGAUUCCUACAGAAACGUUGCUCCAGGUAUGGAAAAGUUUUCAAGUCACAUCUAUAUGGUUCCCCGGCCAUCGUUUCCUGUGACCCGGUGCUCAACUUGUUUGUACUUCAGAAUGAGGAGAAGCUAUUUCGAGCCAGCUACCCCAAGCCCGUGCUUGACGUUGUUGGAAAAUUGUCUUUACACGCGGUGUCCGGAGAACUUCACAAGAAGCUAAGAAAUAUUGCCGUCAGCUUCAUCACUGCCUCCAAUUCAAAUCCACUCUUCCUUCUCUUUGCAGAGAAACUGUCACUCUCAAUAAUGGACUCAUGGAAAGAACAAAAACAAAUUUCCUUCUGCGAAGAAACUAAAAAGUUUACGCUCUAUCUUAUGGUGAAGCAACUGUUGAGUAUUGAGCCAGAAGAACCACUAGCCUUCAAAAUACUUGAAGAUUUUGAAACUUACAUGAAAGGUUUUCAGACUUUGCCAAUAAAUAUCCCUGGGACAGCUUAUGCAAAAGCUUUGAAGGCUAGCGAGAGACUAUCUUUGACUGUGAAAGAGAUUAUAAGAGAAAGAGAACAAGAUAUUUCGCGGCAUAGGGAAGAAGACUUCUUAGAUGUGAUUCUGGCGAAACGGGGCCUGAGCUAUGAAGAGACAGUAAGCAUAGUUUUAGACAUCUUGCGUGCAGGCCAUAGGACGACUGCUACACUUAUAGCUUUAAUUGUUUACUUUCUUGCCAAUGCGCCCAAUGUUUUUCAACGAUUAAAGGAAGAACACCAUGCGAUCAGGAAAAACAAAGAAGAUGGGGAAUCCUUGAAAUGGGAAGAUUUCCAGAAAAUGGAGUUUACCAACAAUGUAAUACAUGAAGCUACGAGAUGCGGAAAUGUUGCCAAAUUUGUCCCUCGCAAAGCCCUUCAAGAUGUCGUAUUCAAAGACUAUUUCAUUCCCUCGGGAUGGUAUGUUUUUCCACUCUUUACUGCGGUACACCUUGACCCCACUCUUCAUGAAAAUCCUUCGGAAUUCAAUCCUUGGAGAUGGACUGAUUAUAAAGCAAUGAGCAAAACGGUGAUGCCAUUUGGUGGAGGACCACGAUUCUGCCCAGGAGCAGAACUGGCUAAAGUCGAAAUCUCAUUCUUCCUUCAUCAUCUUGUCCUGAAUUAUAGGUGGAAAAUAAAAGCUGAUGAUUUCCCAGUUGCCUAUCCUUAUGUUGAAUUCUCGAGAGGCUUGGUUUUGGAUAUUGAACCAACAGAAGGGACAUAUAGUGGGAAAUAGAAACUGAUUAAUGUAGAUCUAAUUAGCAUAUCCAUCAGCUUAAAAGUGAAUAAUAUGGCAUUAUUUCAUCCUCAAAAGUGUAAUGAAAAGAAGCCAUUUGAGAAAUUGGCCCUAUUUUAUUUUACUUAUAUUAUUAAUUAAUGUAAUUGAUGACAUAAACUUUUUUUUCUAGAUGUA